CCGGACGCAUGUUGUAAUAUGGCCGACGUUAUGAUUGGAGCAAACAUGUAAAAAUACCCGUGGAAUCAAGAUAUAUGGCAGUGUCGAUCAGUAAAAUUUAUCUAACGAUAGUUAUGGUGCGCGUUUAGGUAUCGUUGAAAUCGAAAAUCCACUCGGAACCACCACCGGGUAUAGCUAUUUUAUUAUAACUAUAAUUUAUUUUAUGUGCUUAGAACUUGUAUGUGUUCGUUCUGUAAUAUAAUYAAUCACAAAUCACAUUCCAAAACAACGUUUCAUUUAUAAUGACUUAACUAUACCGUAGUGAUGUACACAGUAAAGGCAUAGCUGCUGGUAUAAACAUACAACAGGCUAGGCGGUUAAGAAAUGAAUUCGAUGGAAAGCUCAGAGACUAGCUACAACUUGCCGAUGGGCAGUUGCUCGACAAUGGUCAGAAAUAUAGUAUCUCAAUUCAACGACCUGUUCAGUGAUUUCAAUCGAUACAUCUCUCCGGCCUACCACCACGACCGAUGCGAACGAUCGGUGCACAUGCGGUUGUAUUCGAUGAACAAACGGGAAUUCGUAAUGGUCUUCAUCGUCCUGUUGACGGCCAUGGGACUGGUAUUAUUCAUCGGAUUGACGGGACCUCCGAUCACACUGACGAGUAAGAUAAGCGGAGUUGAAAUAUUGAAGCACACGAACGGAUCUUUGCCACAGGGGCCGUUCGUCAUGAAAACUCCUAGUCUGUCGGUGUAUAACCAACGGCUGUGGUUAAUCGCAGUCGUGCUGACGGACAACAAAGACGACGAGACUUAUGAUAAAAGUUUCAAGAUCAGCAUGGACAUCAAAGGAAUCACCCCGCAGCAUAAAACUACUGAUAUUGUAAAAGUCUUUAAAAACAACAGGACGAGACAUUUACUUUGUAAACAACAGAUAUGUAGUCAAGUGCCUAUUGCUCAUAUUGGCUACAUACACUAUACUCAUUAUACGUUUGAAGUAGAUUUUUACAAUCUUGAGACUUUUCAUCAAAAGUACCAAGUAAAAGAAGUCAUGUUUUAUUACAAAUCAUACAACCCAGGAUACACCCAAAUGGAAAUAUGGUUCAGACUGAUUUAUUUACUCAGCGCCUUUGGAGUACUUUGUUGUUUUGCAAAUUCGCUAAGGAAAUUUCCAAUGGUGGAUUGGUCAUAUGAACAAAAAUGGACUGUUGUCUUAUUGCCACUGUUAAUAUUAUUUAAUGAUCCAAUUUUUCCAUUGACACUUCUCACAAGUAACCAACUAAUUGGAAUGUUAGAUGGUAUCUUCCAAGUAACAUUUAUCUGUGCUAUUUUAUUCUUUUGGCUUUGCAUUUAUCACGGACUACGUCAAAAUGAAAGAAAACCGAUUGCAUUUUAUCUCCCAAAAGCAAUUCUAGUGGGUCCAUUUUGGUUAUGUGGGGUAAUAAUGGCCAAAUAUCGUCGAAUGAAUGAAUUUGAUGACCCAGCAUUCAGUUACGAGAUUGAUUCUAGCGCAUACACUAAUAUCAAGUCAUGUGUAGGCAUUUUUGCAGUUAUAUACAUAGUGUAUCUAGUAUGCUUGAUUUUGAGAGCAUACAGUGAUUUGCGUUCAAUGCCAUAUUUUGAUGCUAGACUGAAAUUUGUAACUAUUUCAAUGGUCAUAUCACUUAUAAUAUGUUCAACCAUAACACAUAUGCAAUAUGGGCUUGGAUUGAUAGAAGACUCAUUUGCUGCAGACUUGAACACAGAAUACAUGACGUCAGCAUUAUUUAUGACCUUUUAUGGUAUUUGUAAUUUCUAUGUAUUUACUUUGGCUGCAGUUUAUUCCCCAACAAAAAAACCAGGAUUUGAGUCUUCGGUAACAAAAGAUAAUCCUGCAUUCUCAAUGGUCAAUGACUCUGAAGAAGAUAUGCCAUACGGUUCAGACGAAGAGAGCCACAAGCCAUUAAACCCUCCUAACGAUGAUAGUGAUUAAUUAUGUUCUUAAAGUUAAUAUGUACAUAAACUAUAUUUGGUCUUAUACAUUUUUUCAAGUUCAAUAA